AUGCGUUUUCGAGAAUUUUGGGAAGGCUGUCGGGAAGAUCUUGUAAAUGGAUGGCGAAUACUUGCUGAUAAAUCAGCAGUGAAAUUCGAAUUUCCAAUAAAUUGUCCAAUCGAAGUACGUGAGCUUGUUGGCCCGGAACGAUUCAAUGCACAGGAUCCGAAAUUUAUGAUGCCAUUUUUCUGGAACAAAGAUCCGGUGCCAGCAUCUCGUUCCUGGGGUAUUGUUGUUUGCGCAAUUGAAUGGUGCUUUGGUAUCAUAUUUUUGCUACUUUAUUCCUUACAUUAUAUCAUAGUAUUUUUUGCUGUCGACGAAAGAACUAUUGCAGCUUUUUUAUGUUUCAUUACUCUGUUACAGCUUAGUAUAUUUUUUAGUGCAAAGGUUCUAUUCGUAAUUGCUAUUUUAGAAAAGCAUGUCUAUUUACUCAGGCAACAAUUGAUAUUUCAAUAUGUCACUUGUGUUUUUCUUUUACUUAAUGCAACAUUUACUUUUGCGGCUGAUAUGGGUGGAUAUAAUGAGGAAUAUUUAUUUGGCCGAAAUGAUUCAUUCCUAAUCCGUACUGCAGCAAUUAUUUCUGUCAUUUUCAUCUUUGUUGAGCUUUAUUUACGCUUAAUGACAAAAGCGGUUUAUACGUUUAUCAGUGAAACAAAACGAUUUAGAAUUGCAAUAGAUAAUUCAAGAUGGCGUUACCGUAAACGCGUAUACUUUUCCUAUUGUUCCAUUAUGCAAGAAAGCUUAUCUUCUUCAGCUAAAGCACAAAAUAUUCCAAAAGUAAAAGAUACAUCGGAUAGAAUACGCAAAUUAACUUUACCAACAAUGAGCAAUAAUAAAACGGACAGAUAUGAAAUUGUUAAUGAAAUAUGCCAAACUACUGGUGAACCGGAACUUUUCCGAAGCCCAAAACAGAUUCGUUAUAAUUGGCGUACUUCACGUAUUCCACGUCAACGACAACGAGUGAUUAAACGAAGACAAAAUCGUUCACGUAUUAAUCAAGCUGGUGUAGCUCUAUUGGAAGGCAAUAGCAACAGUGCAGGAGUGAUGUUUUACAUUGGUAUGCAACUGAAUUCGAAAUAUCUUCAAAGGCUUCUUAAAGGUAACUCGGAAACUGUCACCGUCCCGUUAAUUUAUUCCAAUCAACAUCGUCAGCAUCAGCAGAAUCGGCAACGAUGGUGUCAACCAUCUAAUGAUAACAGUUGA